AUGUCUGCUCCUUCGCUAGCUCCGUAUAUCCUGAAACGGCCCUGGUUGAAGAGAUGGAUGGUCCCGUUCGCCAACUGGUACGCCGAUGCGGCCGGAUACAGAAGACUAGGCCUCAGACACGAUGACCUGAUCCCCGAAGAGAACGAUAUCGUCCAGCUUGCGCUGAAGAGACUGUCUCCCAAAGAAUCAUACGACCGAAUCUUCCGCCUGAGAAGAGCUUUCCAAUGUUCGCUGUCCCAUCAGCUAUUGCCCGCUGAGGAGCAGACGAAGCCCGAGGAGGAUGUUAGAUACCUGAGCCCCAUUAUCGAGGAAAUCGAGGCGGAACUGAAAGAGCGGGCCGAUCUCGAGUCAAUGAUUGUGGAGAGGAAGAAGUAA